AUGGCUGACUAUGUUCGCCGCCUUGUAUCGGGAGACAAAGCGCGCUUCAAGGAUGAAGACAUGCAUCUGGAACUCGACCUGGUGUAUGUUACAGACCAAGUCAUUGUGAUGGGCUACCCAGCUGCAGGUAUUGAGGGCUUCUAUCGUAACAAAAGGGAAGACGCGAAGAAAUUCCUGGAACGUAGACACGGAAAUAAUUUCUGGGUAUUCAAUUUCUGUCCAAUAAAAGAGAAUUCGUAUCCAUCCAGUGUUUUUGGUGGGAGGGUCAGCAGAUAUCCCUUCCCCGACCACCAUGCUCCACCUUUGGCGAUUAUGCCCUUGCUAGCCCGCGAAAUGCGCGCAUGGCUGAGCGGCUCGUCAGAAAGGGUUGCAGUCCUACACUGCAAAGCUGGGAAAGGUAGAUCGGGAACUAUGGCUUGCACCUACUUGUUAUCUCUCGAUGACAGCCUAGCAGCUCCACGGUCUGAACGGGGGAAUGAAACAAAACUGUUAGCGGAGAGGAAAGCCGACGAAUUGAUGCAGGCCGUUCCAGAGGAUGAAGAGGAUUCCGCAGCGCAGGACGACGAUGCAACUGAUCAGACGGACCCGAAGACUUCACAUAAGCAGUCUCUGACGAGUGUUCUUGAGCUGCAUACUUCGAGGAGGAUGAAAGCGUCCUCGUCCCCCAACGGAAAGGUCAAACAGGGUGUCAGCAUUCCCAGUCAACGACGAUGGUUGCACUACUGGUCGCUGAUACUUGCCCAUGAGGCGCCAUCCAACCUCUGGCCCGCCGUGACACCAAAGCCUCCGUCGCCCAAGGUUCGCCUGACAGAGAUGCAAGUGCGGAUGCGGGAGCCCUCGACGAUGAAAAUGGGGCUGGUGAAAGCUGCGAACAUAGUCAUGGGGUAUACGUCCAGUAAGAAUGCGAGUAUUUCGAAGUUGGCGAAUGGGGGGAAGAGGGGCGGACAGAUUUGGGCGUCGCUUGCGAGGUAUGACGAUGGGCUUGUGGACUUGUUGGAGAGGUGGGAGGUGCAGACGAGAGAUGAGUUGUCGGGACAUAUGGGUCGUCGAAAAGCAGGAUCGGAGCAUAUGGACGAGGAGGAGCUGAGCAAGGUAUUUGAAGAUGGGACGUGGGAUCAUAAGAAGAUGGUGCGAAGCUUUGCGAGGAUGGGUACCACGGAGGAGCACGCUACCACCAAAGAGGGCGAAGAAAAGGUAAGAGGUUCCAUCAUGACAAUAACACCCACUUACAGGGAAAAGACUACGGCGUACACCUUACGACCACUGAAUAGUGAUGCGUGGUCUGAUUUACGAAGUGGCUUGAAGCCGUCUGGUGGCGAAGGGGUACAACUGGAUGGCGUUAAUAUCCCAUCUUCCGAGACCAACUCCAUCUACGACGUGACACAAACCCUCAAGGGCGAUAAGGGGAUAAUCCUGGACGCUGCAAGAGAAGUGCGCAUCAAGCUGUAUAUGGGCCAGGUAUUCAUGGGGUGGUUCUGGUUCAUACCGACGUUUCAUAUGGGUGAAUUCCUGGGACCUGCGAAAUUUACCCUCAGUAAGAAGGAUAUCGACUUUCCUUUGGGGAUUGGAAGUGCGAUUCUUGAUGUGGAGAUACUGAUGGAGUGGGUUUCUGAGGGAGAGCCGCUUCAGCCUGCGGCAAGGCAGACGAGCGAAGAUGCGUUGGUGAAAGGAGAGAACGAGCCCGCAGGGUUAGCUCCAAUGCUUCCAUUGGUCAGCGAACCCAUGGCGCCGGCGGUUGAGGUGAAACAAGCUGCAGAAGAUUAG